GUUGUUCCGUCUACCGCCGAAAGAGAGGAGAAAAACGUCGACCAAUCAGCAACGAGCAAACAGUCGGUGCCGCUCUAUAAAAAUCCCCGUAGUAGCGUGCUUAAGUUUAAGUUUGAAUCCAACCGAGCAUCCGUUCGCAGCAGCAGCAGCUUUCACCUUGUAGCGAGAAACGAAGAGAAAUAAACAGUAGUGUCUAGUGUAGUCGGCAGCAUUCGUCAUUUCUACUGCAUGUCCAUUGGUGUCCCGGAGAGCAGCGUCAAACCCCCCAGCUCUUUUCAGAGCUCCUGAGUUUAGAACUUCGAUUGACGCUAGCCAACUCCGUUCGCUCCCGCCCAGUACAGUCCACUUCGCCUUGACAAAACCAGUUCAGAAGGAACAUCAAUUUGGUCCGUCACGAACCGGAUCACGAGCCAUUCCGAAGCAACCGUUCCCGUUGAGUGGAAACUGACGUGCUACGACACACAAACUGUACCCAACCAAAACGAAAAAACUGCUUCUGCUGCUACGCUUGCGACUCGACGCGGAGCAUUUAGAACGAACGUGUUUGAACGUGCACGAGUGAGAAGUGCGUUUUCGGAAAAAAUACGUUUUGUUGUGGUUUCGAGAUUUGAAAUACGCCGCGUAGUGAGUGAGGUGUCAUAAAUGGCACCAGAAGACGCUGAAGAAAACCAGCAAGCGAACCCUAUCCCUAGGUCGCCAAUUAGCAGUUCCGGUUCAUUUCACGGCUUCGAGUGGGAAGCAGCAAUGGAUCCUGAAUCUGCAAAACAGUGGCAGGGAAUAUCCAGGCAACGUGAACAAGUGAAGCAAAAGAUUGUGCGCAUUCGGCGUUCUCUCAUUAGUGGAAAGCCACCGACUUUGGCGCAACUGACAAAUAUGUCCAAGCACCUGUCCGUUGUGUACACCGAGUACAGCGGAUUCCACAGCAAAGGACUGGCGCUUCUUCCAGAUGAUGCGCUGGACGAGCAAGAACAUGAAUAUGCCAACUUUGAAGAUCUCUACAACAACGUUACCGAUGCCGUGCAGGAGUUGUUGCUGGAAGCACAAGCAAACGCGGCCACUCCAUCGCCGACAACCGUCCAUAACCCGCAGGUGGUCGUCCAGCAGCAGCCGCUCAGCGCACCAAUUCCAACAUUCGAUGGCAAUUACUCUGGGUGGCCUAAAUUCAAAGCUGUCUUCCAGGAUUUGAUGGCCCAUUCGGGGGAUACAGACGCCAUAAAACUGUAUCACCUCGAUAAGGCACUCAUCGGAGAUGCAGCUGGUGUAUUGAAUACCAAGAUCCUUAGUGAAGGGAAUUAUCAACAAGCUUGGGACAUUUUGGAGGAUCGCUACGAAAACAAGCGGGUUCUCGUAGAAACCCACAUCCGUGGUCUGUUUUCACUACGAGACAUGUCAUCGGAGACCCAUAAGGAGCUGAGAGGUCUGCUAACCGAAGUUACUCACCACGUCGAGAGUCUGAAGUUCCUCCAGCAGCAGAUCACUGGCGUUUCGGAGCACAUGAUUGUGUAUCAGAUCGUCUCCGCGCUCGACAAAUCGACCCGCAAAGCCUGGGAAGGGAUCCAGAAAAAAGGACAUCUUCCCAAAUACGAACCAACCAUUGCCUUCCUGAAGUCCAGGUGCCAAAUCCUCGAGAAUUGUGAGGCGGCAUUCCAGACUAGCAAAUCCAGCUCGAAACAGAAGCAAGCUCUUCCACCAUCGAAGAUCCAUCCGCAAAAGAGCCAUGCAGCAUCGACCAGCCCAUCCCAACUGACGAACUUGUGUGAAAUUUGUGGUGGUUCUCACCGCAACCACCAGUGCUCGGCCUUGUCCAACCUUACUCCUGCCCAAAAGAAUGAGAAGAUACGAACUGCUGGAGUCUGCUUCAACUGCUUGCGCAAAGGGCAUCGAUCCAAGGACUGCCCUUCCGACAAAUCGUGCCACAAGUGUCAACGCCGACACCACACGUUGCUCCAUGAUGAUGGGGCACCCCGCUAUGAGAAGAAGUCCAACGUUUCCGCGGAAGCAGUGGCAAGCCCGCCUCUGGUUCCGGCUGCUCCGAAUCAACCGAUGUCGGUGCAGACGAUUCCUGUCCCAGUGGAUCCACCAGUGUCAACAACCUGUUCGUCGAAUGUUGUCUCAUUUCCCAAGACGGUACUGUUGCUGACCGCAGUGGUACAUGUCUUGGAUAAAGAUAACCAGCCAUAUCCGUGCCGGGUACUUUUGGACAGUGGCUCCCAAGUCAACUUUGUAACCGAAGAGAUGGUUAAUCGCCUAGGCCUCCCAAAGAAACCAGCCAACGUUCCGAUCGUGGGAAUCAACGCCCUACGGUCCCUCGCCCGAGACAAGGUGGUGGUCAGGUUCCAGUCCCGUGUAUCCAAUUUCCACGCAAGCCUCGAGUGUCUGGUUACCCCGAGAUUCCACAGUCCGGAUAAGGUGGACUUGCUGAUCGGUGGGGAGUUAUUCUUCGAUAUCCUGAAACCUGGUCAGCUGAGCCUAGCCGAAGGUCUUCCACAAUUGCGAGACACUUAUCUGGGGUGGAUCGUAGCAGGUGCCAUCAAUGAUCAGCUCGUGUCAAACGUGUCGCUCCAAUCCAAUACAGCCGUUGAAGACAUUGAGAAAAGGAUGCACCGGUUCUGGCAAGUCGAGGAGGUGCCGGACGUUCCCAAGCUGUCGACCGAGGAAGCAGCAUGCGAAGCCCACUUCCUUUCCACAUACCAACGUGACGAAACUGGAAGAUUCAUCGUGAAACUGCCGUUCAAGGACAAUCUUCUCCAAUUGGAUAACUGUCGCAGUCUAGCUUUGAAAAGAUUCCUGAUGUUGGAAAAGCGAUUAAUCCGCAAUCCCGAGCUGCAGGCUCAGUACGUGAACUUCAUCCGGGAGUACGAAGCUCUCGGCCACUGCACCGAGAUCAACGAGUCUGAAGAUCCACCCAACAAGCAAACCUACUAUUUGCCGCAUCAUGCAGUGUUACGUCCGUCCAGCUCGAGCACGAAAUGUCGAGUCGUGUUCGACGCAAGUGCAAAGUUGUCGCCAUCGGAACUCUCCCUGAACGAUGUACUGCAAGUUGGUCCAGUAGUACAGAACGAUCUGCACCAUAUCGCGCUACGGUUCCGAAAAUUCAAGGUUGCCAUCACCGGAGACAUCUCUAAAAUGUACCGUCAAAUACUCAAAGCCCUGUUGGAUCGUAGUUUCCUUCGAAUCUUUUGGAGAGAGCACCCAUCGUUACCCCUACGAGUCCUGGAACUCUGUACCGUUACGUACGGUACGGCAUCGGCACCAUAUCAAGCAACCAGGUGUUUGCUGAAGCUCGUCGAAGAGGAUGGUGAGAACUUUCCUGUCGCCGCUCGUAUUGUGAAAGAAGAAACGUACAUGGACGAUGUACUCUCCGGUGCAGACUCGGUGGAGGACGCUAUCGAGGCUCAACAACAGCUGAAGCAGCUCCUUGGACAAGGAGGUUUCCCCAUACACAAGUGGUGUUCAAAUUCACCGGAAUUCUUAGAGCAUAUUCCCGUGGAGGAUCAAGAAAAAAGGAUCACGUUGGAAGAGCAUGGAGUGAAUGAAGCCAUCAAGGUGCUUGGUUUACUCUGGGAUCCCUCUGCAGACUCGAUACUCAUAGCCUAUCGUCCAAAUCCAACAUUGCAUCCGCAACGGCCUACGAAAAGAACGAUGUACUCCGAGAUCGCCAAGUUUUUUGACCCCCUGGGACUGGUUUCACCGGUCAUUGUUUUGGCGAAGCUUCUAGCGCAGAAAUUGUGGCAGCUUAAGUCCGGGUGGGACGACCCGGUUGACGAAGAAAUCGCACAGCAGUGGCGACAACUCCAAGAUUCCUUGUCGCAUCUUCACGAGAUCGAGAUCCCAAGGCGCGUGACGAUGGACAACGUGGUCGCCUACGAGCUGCACGGCUUCUCUGAUGCCUCCAACAAGGCUUAUGGAGCCUGCAUCUUUUUGCGAAGUAUUUUUGGCAAUGGCUCGGCGAAGCUUCGCCUCCUCACCAGCAAAUCGAAACUGGCUCCCCUAAAAGAGCUGUCCAUCCCACGAAAGGAAUUGUGCGCCGCUCUCCUACUAACCCGGUUGGUACAGAAGGUGUUACCAGCCUUGGAUAUGACUUUCCGUGAAAUAGUCCUGUGGUGCGACAGUACGGUAGUCCUCGCUUGGAUUAAGAAACCUCUCAACCAGCUACAGUUGUUUGUACGGAAUCGAAUCGCAAUUAUACAAGAGCCUACCAGUAAGUACCGGUGGGAGUAUGUCCGGUCCCAACAGAACCCAGCAGACAUCGUAUCCCGAGGUCAACUAGUUGAAUCCCUGAAGCACAACAGCCUUUGGUGGAAUGGGCCCGAAUUCCUGCAAAGAGUUGAGUACUACGUAGAUGCCCCUGAAGACGUUCCAGACGAGAAGCUACCGGAACUUAAGGCCUUGGUAGCAGGGCCAGAUGUGAGUAUGGACUUCCUAUCUUUUCUUCCAAAGCUCAGUAGCUUCCGCAAAAUCCAAAGAGUUGUGGGCUAUGUCCUGCGAUUCACUGCCAAUUGUCGGAAAAAGGACCCGACCAAUCGAGAGAUAAAGCCCCAUCUGACCGUCCGUGAGUUACGCCGCUCAUCUGAAGUCAUCAUGCAAGUUUUGCAGAAGGCACAUUUCUCCGACGAGAUUAAGCUAAUUCUGGCAAACAAACCCUGCAAGAGACUCGGAGGUCUUCGUCCAAUUUACCACGACGGACUGCUUCGAGUAGGUGGUCGGUUGGACCGCUCCCAAUUACCAUUCGAAAGUCGCCAUCCAAUCAUUCUGCCAGAUAAGGAUCCGGUAGUACGACUACUAAUUCAACAAAUGCACGUCGAGCUCCUUCACGUCGGGCAAACGGGCCUGAUGAACGCCAUGAGACAACGUUAUUGGUUGCUGAACGCAAGAUCCACCAUCCGAUUAACCACACGCCGGUGCGUGAGAUGCUUCCGGACAAAUCCUACCACUCCCAACCAAUUGAUGGGAAACCUGCCAGUAUCGAGAGUAGUGCCGUCGCCCCCCUUCGCUGUGACCGGCGUGGAUUACGCCGGGCCUUUCUGGACCAAGCAAGGCACACGUCGUCCAACUUUGGUGAAGUCAUACGUGGCCGUUUAUGUUUGCAUGGCAACCAAAGCCGUCCAUUUGGAGGGCGUCUCCGAUUUGAGUACCGAUGCCUUCAUGGCGUCCCUUCGACGAUUUAUUGCUCGCCGUGGAAUGGUCCAAGAAAUCCAUUCGGACAACGCAACCAAUUUUCGUGGUGCUCACCACGAAUUGAACAACCUUUACCAGCAGUUUUGUGACCAACACGCCGUGGACACCAUCGAAUCUUUCUGCCGCAAUCAUGAGAUUGAGUGGAAUUUCAUUCCACCCGACGCACCCGAGUUCGGUGGUUUGUGGGAGGCAGCCGUGAAGUCGGCCAAAACCCAUUUGAAGCGGGUAGUCGGCAAUACGAAUCUAACGUUCGAGGAAUUGUGUACUAUCCUGUCAGAAAUCGAGGCCGUCUUGAACUCCCGACCAUUGUUCGCAAUUUCCAACGACCCGGCGGACCCGCUGGUGAUAACUCCAGCGCAUUAUUUGAUUGGACGACCGCUGAUCGCCCCAGCUGAACCUUCCCUGGAGAACGUCAAAGCAUCCCGCUUGACACGGUGGCAACAUCUCCAACUUAUGCGCGAGCAAUUCUGGCGUGCCUGGAGCCGGGAUUAUUUGAAUACCUUGCAGCCUCGGAAGAAAAAUCGACAAGAGAAGCCGAACAUUCGGGAAGACAUGAUCGUGUUGCUUCACGAUCGUAACCAACCACCACUCAACUGGAAGUUAGGUCGCAUCGUAGCCGUCUAUCCUGGAACCGACGGCCUGGUCCGAGCAGUUGAUGUCUUCGUGAAUGGAACCACGUAUCGACGUCCCAUCAAUAAGGUGUCCAUUCUGCCCAUCGAGGAUAAUGAUCCCCAUCAAAGCCCUCCGACUUCCAAAAGCAAAGUUGAGGUAUCCUUCGUUGUGCCUUUCCAACGAUUGGGUCAACCCGUGUCCAGCAGUAGCCGGGUCGAGACUCUUCCAAGUGCACAUUCGUCGUUGAGGUAUCCUUCACUGCGUCCUUCCAACCCGUCUAGCCACCUAGUCAACCCGUGUCCAGUAGCAGUCGCGCGGAGACUCUUCCGAGUGCCUAUUCAUCGUAGCAAGGUUGAGGUUGCCCUCGCUGCGGCCUUCCAACCUGUCGCAGACACCAGUUCAACCCCUGUCCAGCAGCAGACGGGCCGAGAAUCUUGCGAGUGUCCAAUCAUUGAACCGAUAAUAUGGGAUUGUCUCAACUAA